AUGGCAGCAGUAAGGACGUAUGAUGAUGAAUGCAAGUAUUUAGAGAAAAUCGCAAGUUGUACUUACCGGAUAAACAAAGGAUUUGUUCCUAACAUGAAGGUAGAGGGACUUUUUUAUGUCAACCCUCACCUUGAGAAAUUGAUGUUUGACGAGUUACAUCAUCACUGUGCUAGCGGAGGCGUGGGUGGGUUCUUACCAGCUGUAAAACAGAUCGGUAAUGUGGCAGCAUUGCCGGGAAUUGUAGGGAAAUCUAUUGGUCUUCCUGAUGUCCACUCAGGCUAUGGUUUUGCCAUUGGUAACAUGGCUGCAUUUGAUAUGAACAAUCCUGAAUCUGUUGUCUCUCCUGGUGGAGUUGGAUUUGAUAUUAAUUGUGGAGUACGUUUAGUUCGUACAAACUUGCAUCAAAAAGAUGUGGAUGUGGAACCACAAUUAAGGAACAGAUUAGCACAAUCAAUGUUUGAUCACAUACCUGUGGGAGUUGGCUCUAAAGGAGUUAUUCCUAUGACUGCAAGAGAAUUAGAAACUGCUCUUGAAAUGGGUAUGGAUUGGUCAUUAAGGGAGGGAUAUGCGUGGGCUGAAGACAAAGAACAUUGUGAAGAAUAUGGCCGAAUGUUACAAGCUGAUCCCUCAAAAGUAUCUCAACGAGCUAAAAAACGGGGGCUACCCCAAUUGGGUACCCUCGGUGCCGGCAACCAUUAUGCUGAAAUCCAGAUUGUGGAUGAGAUAUAUAAUUCUCAUGCUGCAGCUAAAAUGGGUAUUGAAGAACGAGGUCAGGUCUGUAUCAUGAUACACAGUGGAAGUCGAGGACUGGGACAUCAAGUUGCUACCGAUGCUCUGGUAGAGAUGGAAAAAGCAAUGAAAAGGGACAAUAUUACUGUCAAUGAUCGUCAGUUGGCUUGUGCACAUAUCAAAUCUAAAGAAGGAGAGAACUAUUUGAAAGCUAUGGCAGCUGCUGCUAAUUAUGCGUGGGUGAAUAGAUCUAGUAUGACUUUCCUGACACGACAGGCAUUUGCUAAAGCCUUUAAAUCUACUCCUGAUGAUCUUGACAUGCACAUAAUAUAUGACGUAUCACAUAACAUUGCAAAGGUUGAGGAACAUAUGGUGAGCGGUCGACAGACAUCUCUAUUGGUACAUAGGAAGGGAUCGACGAGAGCAUUCCCUCCUCAUCAUCCUCUAAUUCCAGUAGAUUACCAGAUUAUUGGUCAACCAGUACAUGGCGGGACUAUGGGUACAUGCAGUUAUGUCUUGACUGGGACUGAAAAAGGGUUCGAGGAAACGUUCGGUUCUACCUGUCAUGGAGCAGGACGUGCCUUAUCAAGAGCUAAAUCAAGACGAACGCUCGAUUAUGAAGACGUUUGCUCCUUAUCUAAAAAGGGUAUAGCUAUUCGAGUAGCAUCACCAAAACUGGUUAUGGAAGAAGUAUGCUCCAGAUCAUACAAGAAUGUUACAGAUGUGGUUGAUACUUGUCAUGAGGUUGGUAUCAGUCAGAAAGCCUUCAAACUAAGACCUAUUGCCGUGAUCAAGGGAUAA